AUGUGCCUUUCGCCACCCACCAACCCCAUAUUCCCCCCUCCAUCGCUUCACCGCCGCCAUGGGCCGGAUAGCCGCGCUCUCCCUCACCGCUCUCUGCCUGGCCUGCCUCUUCUGCGGGCUCAGCGCCCAGACAACCGUUGGCACCUGUGAAAGCCGUUCUAACUGCAGUUUGUGUAUUGGUAAUGGAGCAGAUGCAGCACAGUGCAACUGGAUCAGAUGUGGUGAAGAUGAAAGGUGUGUAAGUAAAACUGCUGAGGAACAAUACAACUGCACAAUUGAACAGUGUUCUUCUCCUAGAGGUGUGUUUUCCAGAGAUACUACCACGGCACCACCCAGUGCUACUACCACGGCACCUUCCAAUACAACACCAUCUUCCAAUACUACCACGGCACCUGCCAAUGCAACUACACCAUCUUCCAAUACAACCACGGCACCUGCCAAUACAACUACCCCACCUGCCAAUACUACCACGGCACCUGCCAAUGCUACCACAGAGUCUUCCAAUACCACCACAGCCAGUUCUGCUCCCACACCUCAUCCUACUAUAGCUAACGUCACCAAUGCAACGACACAUAGUCCUCUACCUACAACUGCUGCAACUUCACCUACCAGGACAACCACUGUUCCAGGUACGAAUGCUACUGUGACUCCUACACCUUCUCCACGCAAAUCUACGUUUGAUGCUGCAAGUUUCAUAGGUGGAAUUGUCCUUGUUUUGGGUCUGCAGGCUGUUGUUUUCUUUCUGUACAAAUUCUGCAAGUCAAAAGACCGAAACUACCACACACUUUAGGACCUGCCACUUUAUAAUGGACUAGUAGCCCAACGCGUUUAGUUCACUGAACCAAAAUAUUUUUUGUUGCUCAUUGAAGACAGCAGUUCGUAAUAUCCUUUAAAUCUCUAAAAGAAGACUUUAAAUGAAUAUUUUUGCAACAUUAUACUUGGCAAGAGGUGACACGAAUCUCUUCAACAGGAUUACUUGCAAUAUGCUGCAUGGGUUCUAAUGGCUGUCUUAUUUUCCUUUAGUGGCUGCUGCUGUGGGACUUUUUUUUUGUUUGAUAUGCCAAAUGUAGACAUUCAGAGAUUCUUAUUCAGUGGCAACACUGUCUUGAGUAGACAAUCUCAUUAUGACUUAUCGUGAAGGCUAAUUGAAUCAACAUUUGAUACAGUAUCCCUUUAGUUUUGUCAAGAUGUGAAUUAUGGGUGACUGACUUCAGGGAGUGAAACACCAUUUUUAGCAGCUUGUGGCUCUUGCAGUGGGCUGCUAGGAAGAUGAACAAAAUUGUAGAAGUAGGUAAUGUCUUAACAGAAUAACAUAACCCACAUAACCCCGUAUCUUUUUACACAAGAUAAAAUACUGCAUUCCAAACAGAAAACUGGUGCCCUUUCCAAUUAAUUUUGAAGGUGGAGAGGGGUCUCCUUUAAAGGGGAAAUGAAGAUUAGUGCCUUAAAAGACUAAAAAAAUCAGUAGACUGCAAAAGCGUCCCACCUAUCUCAAAGAUAAAUAAAACUAUAAAGUUCUAGCUUUAUAUAGGAGAAUGGAAUACAUAUGAGUUGAGCAUUCCAGUUUAAAAACUCUUUACACUAAAUAACUGUCCCUUAUUGACCUUGUUUGGGGGUGAGGGAGCAUGGUACAGUAAUGUUCAGCUACAAACAGAAGCUUUAAGUUGUUUACCUUUUGUUCUGGCCUUCAAAGACCAACCAUAAAACUAGUGAUAAAAUUCAGUUCACUCCUUGUAUGAAGAGGCAACAACUUACACUUAUACUUGAAAUACUGGUAUGUGGGAAGUCCUGAGGUUUUUCUUAUUGAAAGGGUUCUUAAACUCAUUGCAAUUAAUUUCAGGGGUUUGGUGGGUUUUUUUUUCUCUUUUUUGCCCUCCUGUAUGUCUGCUUUCUGAAGGAGCAAUUGAGGGUAGUUCAGAGGAUCUGCUAAUUUGAUCCUAGUCAGAAUUGCUGUAGUUCUGGGGCUGCCAGGGCUGCACCUUUUUUCUUUUGCCCCCUUUUUUUUUUUUUCCCUUUCCUGGCAUAAGCUUUGUGUCACCCUGCAGUUAACCAGUUAAGGAAAUCUGUUAGGCCAAAUAGUACUUUUUAAUUUUCUUUUAUUCCCUUGGCCAGAUCAGUCAUGUGGUCCGAGUCUCAAAGGUACGUCAUUUCCAGUGUAGAUUGCCUUGAGUGCCUGUGAAAAUAAACCUGCAGGAAAAAUGGAAGUAAAGUAAGGAUAAAACCAAGUGGUGGAAGUAGCACAUAAUACAUAGCUUUUGAUGAUAUCCCUUGAUCAUCAAUUUCAGGAUAAUCCGUAGUACUGUUUUACUAGCUCUGACUUGACUGGAAUUUGGCACCCGAUACAAAUGUUAGCGUUAAUGCAGAUAAUAGUCAUGGCAGUGAAAUUUAAAUAUGAAGCAAAUCAAGUGCACUUCAGUUGGAAACCUAAAGUGCACAGUGUGGCUUUCUUCUGUUCUUCUAGUUUGAAUGGCAUUGUUUCCAUUGUGCUGUAUAGAAAACUCAAAUUGCUACAAAAUCCAGAAAGUUACUCAGCAGUACUGUAUCUUUGAGUUCAUUAGCUUUUGGUUUUCUAAACGAAACUAAGACAAUCAGCUCAGGUUUAUUAAAACAGCAGCGUGAGCAGCCAGUUUCCAGCAACAGUAUGUGUGUGGGUUAGAUGGUAUAUCCUUGGCCUUACUGUGAAAUCACUUAAUCUGUCCUUUCCCUAUCUGAGAACUAUUUUAUUACAUUUAUUUGUUUAAAAAAGAUAUCCAUGAGCUUGUAUUCUGUACUUUGAAGUGAGCGAAACAUUAUUCUAAAGUGUGGCAGACUUCUUCAGCUCAGCAAAGCAAACUGUAUGCCUAGUAUAUAAUUUUUUUUGGCCUCAAAGGGCUAUCUUUUGGGAAACCUGCAGAGAAGUGCUCCAGAGCACUUUAUAGUGUGGAAGCCAUUGCCACAAAGAACUCGUUGCUUUGUAAAAUGUUGCUAAAAUGCUUAUUCAUGAGCUGUGCUGAUCCUGAUUUAGGUUGCUGAUAAAGUAUGCUGGUGAAGCAAACAAAGAAAUAAUUUUUAAAGUGCCUUAAACCUGCUUAAUCUUUUGCCUCAAAUUUUGUUUAAAAGGGUAGAAGGGAUACCUUGCCUUAGUUACUAAAUUUUUCUUGGUGCCAGCAAUUGCUACUUUUGAAGACUUUAGGAAACCCAGAAUCUCUGACACGUACAGAUGCCAAUGUGAAAAAUGCCAGCUUGCACUGUAUCAAUGUGGUCAUGUUCUGGAGGGCCUGCACUACGCACCGCUUGCUCGUUAGCCUUGCCAACAAGGUAGAACCCACAGUUUGCGGAGUUGUGGCCGGGAUAGUUUCCCUUUUGGUUGUUUUGGGGGGAGGGGAGGCUGGGAUUAUACAUCUUCACCACGUGCUUGGCUGCCUCACUAUAGAAAGUAAUUAGUCCUUUGUGAAACGGCAGUAUCAGCUACUCUGUGCUGCGUACUAGCAACAAACCUGAAGUAACAACUUGCAGUUUUUCUUGGCCUUGUGUUUUGAAGUGGAAGGUAGCUCAUAGAUCUGUAGUUGUAUUUGCCCCUGAAUCAAUUUUAGGCACUGAACUGUAGUGACUCUUCAAGUUACCUGGCUUUUUCUUGAAGCCAACUUGUGCAGAUACCAAGCUGUUCUCUUAUGAAUGUUCUCUGCAAGUGUUGCUGUAAAAGUUUGUAUUUUGUCUUCAGUGGAAGAAAACUGAAACAGUUGUAAUUGCGAAACCAAAUUGAUAAAUAAAAUCUGUUGAAUGGAA